GAUGGCGCUCUGGGGUCGAAAUACACUGCAUGAUACAGCUGUAGGGAGGGGGGCUCCCUCAUAGCUUCUGUCCCAUACAGUUCCUUCCUCACGCAUCCAAAUCUUUCCAAAAGGGUGUGUUUUAAAGCUUGUAACUAUUUAUUCAGCAUCACUCUUACUGCAGCAUGGACAUAUAACGAUCCCUGCUGUCUCUGAAGAGCUCCGUGAAGAGCGUUCUAGUCUUGGAAGGACGUGGCCACGCUUAAAACAGAGAACUCGCGCAUUUCUUUUCAUUUUAAAGAUUAAUAUUAGUAUUAUUAUCGUUUUAUUCCCAACUUAAAGUUAAGCGCGCGGGAAGGCGCGAGCUGCUGUUUGUUGCGAGUCGCGCUAAAUUCAAAAUUCAAAAUCCCAGGAACGUUCUGUCAGAUUCUCUGCUGCUGGAAAAAAAGCCGUUGGCGUUUUGAAAGUUUAAAAUAAAAAAAUAAAAAAAUAUGUAUUAAUUUCUUCCGUUAUUUCCGUUAAUUUACUCGGGCAAACGGUUAAAAAUUCAAAUCUGACCCUGAAUUUGAAGGUUAUCAACCGCUGAGUGUUCACCGGGGAUAUUCACCAUCCUCUGCAGGCUUCAGAGUGCGCCUCCUCGGCUUGGGGCACGGACACGCUCGCUCUUCUCCUCGGAGGGCUGGAGCUAAACUUCUUAACCUAACUUACCUACCUCAGCUUCUCCUUUUUUUUCACAGCUUUAUUUUUUAACUUAAAAUAAAUUUACCUCAGCUUUAUAAAAAAAAUAAAACAACACACGGACCCCGUAUUCAGUUGGACUUGAAUGGACGUAUUAUUUGGUAACGUUAGUUAGUUAGCUAGCCUGCAUUUAUAACGUUUGUAAGUUUUAUAGGUAUUUAUAGCUAGAAAACUAAGUUUCUAGCCAGGUUAGCUUAUCUAACUUAGCUGUUUCCACCAUAACACACACUACAUAGUAACUAACUUACACACCACAUGUGUUGUUUUUUUUGUUUUCCAGUCAGCUCUAGAACUAGUUACUUAUCUAGCCAAGCCAAGCUAAAGCUAGACUAGCUAAGUAGCUAACCUAAAGUGCUUAAACUUAGCUAACUAGCUUACAUAGUACCUGGCAAGGGCGUGCCUUUUUCUUUAAAUUAGCCUGGAAGCUAACUAGACUAAGCUAAGCUAAGCUAAGCUGCCUAAUUUGCACCGCGUGACGAGACAGGCAGGCAGGCUGGGUGGCUUGGCUGGCUAGGAAGUAGGUAGGGGCAGCAGCGGUAGCAGCAGCAGCUAGCAGCUCUAGUAGCUGCUUGGCUUUGUUCCUUUGGGUUCCUUAAGGUUCCUGAAGGUUCUGCUGGGCUCUAUUGUGUUCAGUCCAUCUGUCCGACCUCCCAGCCGGCUGAAGGUGGAUCAGAACCGGCUGCUAACCAAAAACAGAGGACCCAAAGAGAAAAAGAAGAAGAGGAUAAUGAUGAAGAUGAUGGUGGUGGUGGAAACUGGAGUUACGUUAUUAAGGUUGUAAGUCACCUGUAUCUUAAGAUUAGUUAGUUAUAGUUAACCCAAGUAGAUUUUUUUUAAACCGAGCUCCAGCAUGCCGAGUCCUCGCCGUGCUCUCCCCGCUCCCGGAGCCGUGGUGGACCCGCGGAGGUCGGGGUAUCUGCUGGUGCUCUCCGUGGUGGUGCUGGGCUGCUGUCUGCUGCCCCUUGGAGCGGCCAGUACCCCGAACAAGACCCCCCAACCGGGAGCCCCGAAGGAGCAGAACGGGAGCCCGGGACACGGAGGGUCUCAUGCCAGCAACUACACCAAGAAGCUUUUCCCGGUUCUGUCCUUCGACUACGGACACGUUAAACCCCCGUUCGUGAUAUUCCUGUGGAUCCUGCUGGCUUCCCUAAUGAAAUUAGGGUUCCACCUCAUACCACGUUUGUCCUCCAUCGUCCCCGAGAGCUGUCUUCUGAUUGUAGUCGGGCUGCUGAUGGGGGGAAUCUUCAAACUGGUGGGAGAGACCCCACCCAUACUGAAGUCUGACCUCUUCUUCCUCUACCUUCUACCGCCCAUCAUCCUGGACGCUGGCUAUUUCUUACCCAUAAGGCCCUUCACCGAGAACCUGGGCACUAUUCUGAUCUUUGCGGUGGUGGGCACUCUGUGGAACUCCUUCUUUAUUGGCGGGCUGUUGUACGGCGUGUGCCAGAUAGAGGGCACACUGUCCACGGUGGGCCUGCUGCCCUGCUUGCUGUUCGGAGCCAUCAUAUCAGCGGUGGACCCGGUGGCGGUUCUGGCCGUGUUUGAAGAAAUUCACAUCAAUGAGCUGCUUCAUAUCCUGGUCUUUGGGGAGUCCCUGCUGAACGAUGCUGUGACUGUGGUGCUGUAUCACCUGUUUGAGGAGUAUGCUGGUGCGGGUGCAGUGACUGUCACGGACGUGUUCCUGGGGAUCGUGAGUUUUCUGGUGGUGGCGCUUGGCGGUGUGAUGGUGGGCGCGAUCUAUGGCGUGUUGUCAGCAUUCACCUCUCGAUUUACUGCUCACACUCGCGUCAUCGAGCCGCUGUUCGUCUUCGUCUACAGCUACUUGGCUUAUCUCUCAGCUGAAGUGUUCCACCUGUCUGGCAUCAUGGCUUUGAUUGCAUGCGGUGCCGUCAUGCGACCCUACGUGGAGGCCAACAUAUCGCACAAGUCCCACACCACCAUCAAGUACUUCUUGAAGAUGUGGAGCAGCGUGAGCGAGACGCUCAUCUUCAUCUUCCUGGGCGUGUCUACUGUAGCCGGGGACCACAAGUGGAACUGGACCUUCGUUGUCACCACCAUCAUCCUCUGUAUGGUGGCUCGCGUUCUGGGGGUGAUAAGUUUGACAUACUUGAUCAACAAAUUCCGCAUUGUGAAACUCACCACCAAGGACCAGUUCAUCAUCGCCUACGGAGGCCUGCGAGGAGCGAUCGCCUUCUCGCUGGGAUACCUGCUGGACACGGACCACUUCCCCAUGAGGAAAAUGUUCCUCACAGCCAUCAUCACGGUCAUCUUCUUCACCGUCUUUGUGCAGGGGAUGACCAUCCGGCCGCUGGUUGACCUGCUGGCUGUUAAGAAGAAACAGGAGACCAAGCGCUCCAUUAACGAGGAGAUCCACACCCAGUUUUUGGAUCACCUGUUGACUGGUAUUGAGGACAUAUGUGGACACUACGGGCAUCACCACUGGAAAGACAAGUUGAAUCGUUUCAAUAAGAAGUAUGUGAAGAAGUGCCUGAUAGCAGGGGAACGCUCCAAGGAGCCUCAGCUCAUCGCUUUCUACCACAAGAUGGAGAUGAAGCAGGCCAUCGAGCUGGUGGAGAGCGGGGGCGGGGUCAAAGUGCCGUCAGCCAUGCCCUCCACUGUCUCUAUGCAAAAUAUCCAACCCAAGAAGCCUCCUCCGGAGAGAGCUCUUCCUCAGAUAUCAAAAGGCCGAGAGGAGGAGAUCCGGAAGAUUCUGCGCAACAACCUGCAGAAAACACGCCAGAGACUGCAGUCGUACAACAGGCACACACUGGUGGUUGACCCAUACGAGGACGGCUGGAAUGAAAUUCUGCUGAAGAGGAAGAAGAUGAUAGAGCUGGAGAAGAAGAUAUCACAGAUGAGUAAUUACCUCACAGUGCCGGCGCCACCACCUGAUUCUCCCACCAUCGCCAGGGCCAGACUGGCAUCCGAUCCUCAAGCUUGGAGCAUCAAGCCGGCAGCGAACGCCGACACCGUACCAUCCAUCAAAGUGGACCUGGCCUCGCCUCAGUCCCCCGACUCGGUGAGCACGUUGGACGAGUUCAGCAGGAGGCAGCAGCAGCAGCAGGAGGAGGAGGAAGGGGGGCUGAUGAUGAAGCCUCCGUCUGCAGCGAGGGAAGAGCAGGAGGACGGGAAGGAGCAGCAGCGACUCCAGCGCUGCCUGAGUGACCCGGGUCCUGCUGGAACUGAGGAAGAGGAGGACGAGCCCUUCCUCCCCUGAGGAGACGAGCAGAGGGAGGGAAGAAGGCACUGACUCUCUCUCUGUUUGUAUCAUCACUGCAGACCUUCUGAACUGAUCACAUGACUGAGAUUUGUCCUGUUUUCAUAAAGAUAACGGAUCGAUGAACUUCACAGUAAGCCAAAUUGAGAACUCGCGAAACGGAGAGAGAGGAGCGGAGAUGACGGAAAUAGCCAUUUAUUUUCUAGCUUUCUCAUUCUUCUUGUUUUUAAAACUGAAAAAAGAAAAGCUUGGAUGAAUUCGGGGAAUAGGAAAAGAACUAUGCAUUACCAAAGGUUCGCACUGUUGUUGUUUCCGACUCGUACUGCGCACAUCUCUUUAUCUCUCCUUAUUUUGCCUUAUUUUUUAUUUAGAUUAAGUUAAUUUGAUGUGUUGAAUCGUCAGAUGAAUUAAAUGAAACGCUUUAUGUGGCGUAAAAUCGUCGCCCACUGAAUUUUAUAUCAGUAAAAAGGCCUUUUUACACUAAGUACGAUUUUUUCAGACGGAAAAAAACUACCUUCACACUAAAUUUUUUUAACUUUUUUUUUUUUUUUUUUGAUAGCUCUUAUUAAAAUCCACUUUUUCUUUAUCUCUGCUCACUGUUCACUUCUGCUCUUUUUAAGCCAAUUUAAAAAUUACACUCAUGCAUAGGCUGUCAAUUUCGGACAAAAUUAAUAUACGUUUUCAUUUCAUACGUUCAUAUGUUUUCUUGUGUAUAUUUAGAUACCAAGAUCUUAAAAAAUGGCUCGUCCAAUUAAUUACACUCAAACACAAAACGAACACAUUGAAAAUGGCAGCCAUAUUGUUUAUUUGCAUGGCUAACCGGCUUGAUUAGUGCCUAUUUUAAUACUUUUAUCACAAAGUGAACGAUUCUUUCACUAAUCUGAAGCUCACUGUCCACCUCUGCUCUCUUUUAAGCCGGUUAAAGCAUUACACAUAUUCAUAGGCUGUCAAUUUUAGACGCUAAGCGUAGGACAAAAUUAAUAUGUGUUCGUUUAUCAAAAUGUAAUAUAUAUUUUUUUUGUACUUAAAAAUUUCACCUUUGUGCAUUUAAUGCAUUGCAUCACUUGAAUUGCUUUAUGUGGUGAAAAAAAAAAAACAGCACACUGCAUUAUAUCAUUUAAAAGGCCCAUUCCCACCACUUACGACUCUUAGGAACUAGGAGCUCUGAUUGGUCAACUGAUUUUAAUGCAUCCGACCACACAAAAGAUCAUGCAGGCUUUUUUUUAUUAAUAUCUUGUUGAAUUUAAAUUGCUUUAUUGGGUUGCUAAACAAUCACUGAGUCACUAAAAGUCAUUAUUUAAGACCAUUUCGGUCUUUUUCAGCUGAAAAAAAAGAUGCUAAUUUUGCAAACGUAGUGGAAUCACUUUAAGUUCUUAGUCUUUUGUGCUACAAGAAAUCGGGGCUAGAAAAACUCCUCAGCUCUUCUCAUUAUCAGUGAUGAGCUUAGUGGCAAACACUGGAACUGCUUGAUGGAGCCUGUGAUGCUGGUAAAGAUGAAACCGAAACUUCACGUGAAGCGCUGCUCUUCAGAUGCAAGUGUAGGAUAUAGAUCAUAUCAAAACGACAGUGUGAACAUCUUAUAAAACAUCUUACAUAGGAUUUGGUGAGAAAAUUGGGAUUUGGGCCACUUUUACUGCUGUGUGAACAUAAGUAAGGAUGAUUUUGUCUGUUUAGGAAUGCAUAAAAUAUACCAUUCAUUUACAUUCGU